AUGACAAGCAUUCCAGAAGCUACAUAUGUCUGUGGAUAUGAGCUUGAUAGUAGCUCAGAACAGUUGGAGGAGAUCAAAACCCAAGCCAGCAGAAGCAGGGCCAAAGGAGGAAGAAGAGGCAAGGCUGCCCAAUCACAAGCUGAUAACAAGGCCACCAACAAAACAGAAUCCAAGGCACCUGACAAUGAUGCCACCAAAGAGACUGACACUGACUCCAACCUCAACAAUGCAUAUGACAAGAAGCACCCUAAGUGGAACCAAAUGCUUGAUGAUGCUCUAACCAAUGCCCUACAUGGCACUAGUGACACCACUGGCAAAUACAAUGUGAACUACUUGAUCCUUGGCAUCAUUAGAGAAUAUCACACAUUCUAUCAAGUCUGGAAGAAGAUUGAGAAUGGUGAUGUCAAGAUGUUCAACUCCAAUGCACAAAAACUCAUCCAAGAAAUCAGAUCUAUCCAGAUGGAGAGCAGUCACCUUGGAAAGCCAUUUGCCAACAAUACCCUGUUCUUGAGCCUACAGAAAUGUACCAUUCACCACCCCAUGUAUAAGGAGACAGUCACCACAAUCAACCAGCUCAACUUUAAUGCCCUUGCCACUGCCUUGACCACAUGUCAGUCAGCAAUCAAAAGCAAUCCCACCCUGAAGAUUGAUCCCUGCCAAGCUAGUGCUAGGAUUGCUGGCAACAAUCAGGACAAAUCAACCAAAACAGAUGAGAAGGACAAGAAGGAUGAUGAUUGCAUGAGUGCAAAGGAAGUCUGGUGCUCUUUCACACCAAGUUGGAAGAGGCCACUGGAUCCAAAGGAGACAUCUCAUUGGUUCUUGGAUUCAGGGGCCAGUUAUCAUAUGGUUAAUAACUAUAGUAUGCUCAUUUGCCUGAGACCUUGCCAAAAGCAUGUGUUUACUGCUGGAAGCAAGGUCCUGGAGGCAAUGGCUAUAAGGGAUGUUAACAUAUCAAUGUAUUAUGGAGAUGUGUUUCUCCAGAAUGCAUUGUAUGUUAGGCACCUUAAUGUCAACCUCUUGUCAACCAACUUCCUAAUGGAUGAAGGAGCACAAGUGACACUAGACAUUGUUGGCAGACAGAUUCAUUUGGCAAAUGGCAUGCUUCUCAAGAUAGCCAAAGAUUGUGAGUGGGGACUUUUAGAGUUUCAAGGCAAGAUGUGGCAAGAAAGCAUGAUGAUCACAACAACACCAUUACUUGAAGGUGUUGGUGAUGAGCUUGUGCAAAUAGAGAGCAAGGCAGAAGUGUCAAAACAACAAUUAUGGCAUGAGCAUCUAGGGCAUCCAGGCCAAGACAAGACAAGGGCCAUCAUCAAUAAGCUAAAGGGCAAACAUAUAGUAGAUCUGGACCCAGAUACAGUGCUGAUGUGCAAACAGUGCAUCUGGUCCAAGAGUAUGGUAGCCUGGAUGGGACAAGGUGACAGACAUAGGGCUCCCUCACCACUUGACCUCAUCCACAUUGAUUUGAUAAUUGACUCCUCACACACAACCAAGCAUAUGCACAUAUUGUUUUUGGUUGAUGACCAUAGCAAGUACAUAUGUGCAGCCAUUGCUGUGAAAGAGCCAUGCAUUUGUCCAGCUCAAGAAGAUGGUAUUGUUCCUUGA